AUGAAAACAAGUCGGGAGGAGGGCAGCCAACAAUGGAGAGUUGAUGAGGAGGUUGCUAGUCCAAACUCUGAAAUGUGCUUAAUGAGAGCAGAAGAAAAGGAGAUGAUCAUGAGAGGAUUUUCAAGUGCAGCAAAGAGUGGUGAUAUGAGGCCUCUUCAUGAUCUUGGCGAAAGUUCUAAGGUUGAGUCCGAGAAGGUCUCGCAAGUUGCAACCACAUCAACUGCUCCCGUUUCUAAAGAACAUCAUCACAACAUACAAACUAAUUAUUCUAACAAGCUAACGAAACCUGAGAAACAAUCGCCAACAGAUGGAGAUAUCAAACAAACACCAACUUCGCCAAAGAGUCCAUUAUCAACACCUCCUAGUGCGUCUAAAUAUUCAUCGUCAUCGACUAGGUCAAAUUCCUUUCGACAUUACUCAACAACUGUGUCAACGCCCAGGCGAUCCUCAUUAACUCAAUCACAUUCCAAUAUUUCUACCGACGCUUCUUCAGGAAAUAUUCAAGCUGCUUGCAUUUCGAAGAGUUCUGCAUCCACUCUUCCAUCAUCAAAAACUCCAAAGGCAGUGACAUCCCCAAAAGACUCUAGCAUCAAUUCAUCAUCGGGAAGAAGGAAGAGCUUUAACAGCCUUCAACUUUCUUGGAGAGAUACAAAAGUAGCUCUCAAAGAAAAUUUGGCUACAUCAUUUUCAAAUUCAAGAUAUUCAUCUUCAUUUCAUGCUAAGGAUAAUUCAUGUAAUGAGACAACAAACUUCAGUAAUACAUCGCCCGAAGACACUUUCUUCACGCCAAAUAAUUAUUGGAAUGUAAAUAACGACACCGACUCCUCAUUUGAUGACAUGGUGUUGCCAGGAAGCCCCAUACAAGGUCAAGUUUCGUAUAACCAGAUGAUUGCUUGUAUUGAACAAGAAAAUGAUCUCGAUAGCGUUGAUACAUACAAAUCGGAUGAUACUUUACCUCAGGAAGGAAUUUUUUGGGAUAAUAGUGAUAUUUUGUUGCGAACGGGAUUGUUAUUAAGGGAACCAGCCCUCUCACCUGCAACAGAAUAUCUAAUGAACAGUAAUUAUAUGAAACUAAAGUUAAAUUCUCCACGAACACUAGCCACACUAAUGAAACAAAUCGAGAUCGCUCCUCCAACUGAACGAUUGCCACACAGCCCAAUUGCAAAAUCUGCACGAAGCUUUAUGCUUGAAAAAAAGCGAGAAUCACAACGAAGGAAAUCAAUGCCUUCAAUUUCCAUAUCGUCGCUUCCACCUGUACAUUUUGUAGCGACAAAGCCAACUACUCCAAGUUUUGAAAAGGAAGAAACUAAAGAAAUAAGAGAAGAACACAAAAAAACUAAAAAAGAGUUAGAGAGGAAAAAGUCGUUAAAACUUAAUGAAUUUAGAUCUAUUCAACGAAUGUAUUAUAAAGAGGAAUUAGAAAUGUCACGAGAGCAAGAAAUUGCUCAAUCAGAAAUGUUCAAAAAACAGAAAAUCAAAGAGUGGAAGAAAAAGACAAUUUCAUCUCCGUUCAAAGUAGACUUGGAGGCACAUGCAAAGCAAACAGAAAAGCAAAUACGAAAAGAAGAGAAACUUCAAGAGAGGCUUCGAAUAAUUGAGCUUAAAAAGAAAGAAGAUCUGCGAAAGUGUGCUCUCAUUGAAAAGAUACUUGAGAACAAUGUGGAAAACGUGCACAUGACAAAGAGAAAUCAUAUUGACGAGCAAAAGUUGCAGAAAUGGAGAAUGGAAUUAUCUGAAAUUAAUCAUCUGUAG